AUGUUUGGUGUUCGCACCGCGGAUGACCUCCGAGUUACAGCAUCAGAGGACCUAUGCGAGUUUCUUUCCAAUCACGCUGCGACGUUGGAAGAAAUUGGAGUUCCUGCCGGAGCGUUUCCAACUGCUGCUGAACAGGUCAAUUGGUCGCACUUUCCUCGUCUCAAAUUGCUCAUGGUCCCUGAUCUGCCUGAGCUCGUCGACAUCCUCCCCUCCCUUGCGAUUGGAUUGGAACGCAAAGAGCAUAAAGGUGACACGAAUGGGCUGGGUCCACCUUUAUUCACUGUCAUCUUAUGUGAAUCCACGAGUCAGGGAACCGCGGCGGAAAUGGUCGCACGCCUGCAACCAUACCACAGCGUAUUGCAGCAUAUCAAGGUGCUUUGGUACGGAUCAUGGGCUGAAGCCUUGCAAUUAGAACUUAUUGAAAACAACGACAACCCGUGGGAGUUGCUGGAAGAGUUGGAAGCUCGCAAAGAUGUGAGGUUCUUCCUUAGGGUUAUAGAUAAUGUACCGCUUCUAGCGUUUGAUUGUGAUGGGAAACCAGCCAACUGCGACGAAGCAAACGCACUUCGAUCCUUGGUCUUUGGUACCCCCUUGAUCGAUGUCCUUUACGAAUGA